ACCACUGAUGCCUUUAAGUAUGCCAAUUCGCAGAACGGUCGAUGCCUACACUGAUAUCGCUGGAUACCAUUGUGUACAAGGCCCCGGCGCAUGGUGAGCCUGUCAGCCUGUCUUCCAUGACUUUCGAGAUGCUCUGCGUCGAAUGACUCGAAGCAGGAUUGGCAGAUGUGGAAGUGAUGCAGUCAUAACUCCCCGCGCACUAUACUCCUUCGCUUCUGCAAAGCGAAGUUGCACAGCAGAAAUCAGGCAGCGAGCGCACUCCGCGCCUGGAGAAGCUUUUCGUUUUCGUACUCACCCCUCAGGUGACGGAGCGGAGCCAAGGCCAGGGACGCGCAUCGCGACGCGAUUGGCUCACACGACUUGAAUCCUUCAUGAGUAACGGUGCGACGCGAGGAGCAUCAUAAGUCGUGGGAACUUCAUCUGCCUACAUAUAUGCUGGAAAUGAUAUUCGCAUUGUCGAGACCAGCGCAUCUGGUGCGAUUCCGCAACAAUGGAGAUCAAGGAAGCCGUUGCUUACACAUUCCUCCACCGCUACGCCUUCUACCUCUUGUACUACCCUAUUCUUGCGGCACUGGGACUGAUUGUCUUCAUCUUCGCUGUCAUCAUCGUUCUCACCUCAAUCCGCAUAUCACGCAGCCCCAAAGACAUUCCCUGGACUGGCCUUAAGAACAAGAACAUAUUUCCCAAACUACGCGCCUGCCUGCGCGAGAUCAUCGCAGGUCGUGAACCAUUCAACGAAGGCUACGAGCAAUUCUCCAAGAACGAUAGACCUUUCGUGAUACCAAAUUUGCUCUGGACCACUGUCAUUCUCCCACCUAGCCAGACGGCAUGGGUCGCGAGCCAGCCAGAACAUGUGCUCUCUGGGAAUGCAGUCCUGGAUGAAGCAAUGGGGCUGGAUUAUUUGGCACAUGGCCCUUCUGCUGACAGCGUGAGAGACUUCACUGUCAUUCGUCGUCGCUUGACGCGUCACAGUGGUAAGCUUGCUGGUGAAGUUCUCGAAGAGAUAGAGCUUGCUCUAGAUGAAGAACUUGGUGCGAAGGUCGAUGCUUCAAAGAAGGCCGACGUUGCAGAAGUCAAAGCGAUGGAGAUACUGCAAGCUGUCGCUUUUCGAGCUGCAAACAGGAUCUUUGUGGGCCCCUCACUGAGUCGGAGUAAGAGUUACAGAAAACGCAUACAGAGGUGGACCACGGCUUAUGGGCUCUGCACGAUCGUCAUGCGAUUCAUCAUUGCUUCUCCUUUGAAGCAGUUCUUCAUGCGUGUCGUGGCGAUCCCAACACAAGCCAUGCAAUGGCUCGCCACCAGCGAAGUGCGGGCGAUGGUAAAGCAGAGGCUAUCGCAGACGGAACAAGCACAAGAGCAGAAAAAUGACAUGAUGCAGUGGAUCAUCGAAACUAACGCACAGAAGAAUGAUGCCCGAGAGAUGGACCCUCACAACAUUGCGGGCAAGAUGAUCUUAUUCAAUCUCUUCGCCACCGGAACAACAAGCGCCAUGUCUGCACUCGUUCUCCAAGACAUUUUGCAUUACGAAGAUGCUGCCAAUCUGAUGGAAACAGUACGCCAAGAAGCACUAGAAUACCUCCCGCAAGUCCCCAACGAUCCUGUCGCGGCAUUGCGGUCCAUGACGAAGAUGGAUUCAGUCAUCAGAGAAUCUCUGCGUUUCAACCCCCUGGGAGCGCAAUCCAUGCUUCGCAAAGUCGUUGCCGAAGGAGGCGUUCAGAUCAAAACAUCAGAAGGACUCGUUCACCUCCCUCAGGGAACCCAUGUCGCGGUUCAAGCUGCCGCCCUCCACCGGGAUCCUGAGGUCUUCGGGCCCGACGCAGCAGAAUACAAACCUUUGCGACACUACCAACAGCAAACUGGUCCACGGCCCGAGAAGCUCGGCAUACAAACAGCCUCAGAGAACUCUCAACAACAAGCGAGUCAGACACUCGCAAUCCAGAUUUCCGAGUCUUUCCUCUCUUUCGGUCUUGGUCGACAUGCUUGUCCAGGAAGGUUCUUCGCCAUUAACACGAUGAAAUUGAUCCUUGGAGCUCUGUUGAUCAAAUACGAAAUUUUGCCUGCGGAGAAAGGUGAGGAGAAGAAGUCGUUGAAGAUUGGAGAAGCGAUUGUGCCGAGUGAGAAAUGGAUUGUGAAGCUCAAGAGAAGACAUGAGGAAAAGACUGAGAAACGGACGUAAUGAUCU